GUGUGUGUGUGUGUGUGUGAGUGCACGCAUGCCCCCACAACACUAAAGCUGAGCUGGCAAGGAGGAAGUGAUGCGUUCACCUUAACGUAAAGCCUGGGAGAUAAAUAGCAGCUCCUUCAUCCCUGACUUCAGCACAAGUGUUUAAUCCACACUUUCCUUCGCGACUCAGCAGCACAAGAACACACACCAGACACUCUCUGGGAUUUACACGGAAAGACAGAAAGCAGAAUGAAGCUGGCUUUUGUGAUUCUCUGCCUCCUCGGAGCCGCCGGUGCAAAUCCAAUUUUGCACAGCGUUGCCGUGGAGACGACAGAGGCAGCAUCUAACUCUACCUCCUCGAUGUCGGAAUCUACUGAAGAAAUUAAUGCUGUAGACCAAGAUAGCUCUCAGGAAAAUACUUCUGAGGAUACUACCUCAGAAUCCAUGGAGUCCAGCUCCUCUGAGCAGACCUCGGAAAAAAGCCAAAGCCACUCUCUGGAAGAACGGUUUGUCACUGGAGAGACUGGAACGACGGUCGAUGACAGCCAAGGAAGCAGCGAGAACAUGCGCAAGAACUUGAUUCAUGUCUUCAGCCCCCAGGAGAUCAGUUCUGAAGACAACAGCACGUCAGCCAGCAUGGCGUUAGUGAGCAAUAGCAAAUCUGCGGAAAGCCAAGAGAAAAGUUCCAAGAGCAUCAGCAGCAGUAGUGAGAGCAGCGAGUCUACUGAGAGCAGCGAGAGCAGCGAGUCCAUUGAAAACCUGGAGAAGAACUCCAACAGCAGCAGCAGCAGCAGCGAGAGCAGUGAAAGCAGCGAGUCUAUCGAGAGCCAAGAGAAAAACUCCAACAGCAGCAGCAGCAGCAGCAGCAGCAGCAGCGAGAGCAACAGUGCUGAGUCCAAUGAAAACCAGCCGAAAGCUUCUGACAGCAGCAGCGAGAGCAACAGCGUCGAGAACAAAUCGACAAUCAACAGCAAUGAGAACAGCGCCAUGAAAAGCAGCAACAGCUCCAGCAGCGAGAGUCACGAGUCCACCGAGACUGCCGAGUCCACCGAGAGCAAGCAGAGCAACUCCAAAGAGUGCCAGCCAGGAGCCGACUGCGACAGCGACAGCGCUAGCGACGAGUAUGACCUCCACAGCGUCGGAGACGAUGGUGCCAGCGACCCGUUUAACGGCUUCCACGUGCCUGACAGCACCGAGCGUGAGGUCGCGUUUAAGAGAUGACCGAACACACCCUGACGUUCUCUAGCUAGUGGUAGCAAAUGUGCAGUGGUGGAAAUCCCUGGAGAGAAAUAUCAACAUGAUAAUUACAGCAAUAAAAGGUGCAGGCCUCUUUAUUAAAAACCAAAAGAUCACUGUUUCUUUCUAAAAUAUCUAUAAUCUGCAAUAUAAGCUAGGUGUGUUAAAGAAUAUUUGCUGUGUGUAUUAAAGAUACGGUUUAUUAUUGAGGCUUUUGUUAUAGAAUCCGUUACGUUACACCUCAGUGUUAGAGAAUCUGUAGCAGGUUUUCAUUGGGCUUUUGAUUAAAAUGACACUAAAGAUCUAGUCUCAGCAAGUUUAUUCUCAUCACUUCAGGUGACGUAUACUCAAAUCCACCACAGACAAUCAUCAAGAAAGUUCUCAGUUUCUCUCCUUCUUCUUUUUACUUUUGAUUUUAUUGCUUUAAAAUGUUUGAAUGUAACUGUGCAGGUACUCUCCUUAUUUGCUGAACGUAUCUAUUAAUUUUAUACAUCUGUAAUAAAUAAAAUAAAAUAUUUAUUGUACUUGAAUUUUUUAUUUUACAUGCAGACCUAUGAAAUAAAAUAAAG